GUCCAGUCUGAGGGGAAAUGACGUCAGGGGCUGAGAGAAAGAGCCAGACAGAGAGGGAGAAGCUGAGUGCGGAGUGAGCGGCGGGGAGAGGUCAGAGGUCAGCGCGGGACCGAAGAGGGGAAAGGUCAGGAGCUCUUGGCACCAACAUGGAGACAGAGAGUGAACAGAAUUCCACCUCCACCAAUGGGGGCACUGCCCCUGGUGCCAGCUCCCGCCCACAGAUUUCUCAGAUGUCCCUGUAUGAGCGCCAGGCUGUGCAGGCUCUCCAGGCUUUACACAGACAACCAAAUGCAGCCCAGUAUUUCCACCAGUUGAUGUUGCAACAGCAGCUAAGUAAUGCACAGCUGCAUAGUCUUGCGGCCGUUCAGCAGGCUACCAUUGCAGCCACUCGCCAGGCUGCUUCUCCUAACACUGGUUCCAAUCAGCAGACCAGCACCACGCAAGGAUCACAGGCAACUUUAUCAACCAGCUCAUCGGCCCAGCUCCUGAGUCGUGCUCAGAAUGUCACUGCCCCCAGUGCAACAACACUUACCCAGUCAGUUCUGCUCAGCAAUGCCGGCUCCCCACCCCUCAGCCAGUCCCAGACACAAAUGUACCUACGGCAGCCUCAGCUGGGAAACCUUUUACAAGUAAAUCGUUCUCUUGGCCGUGGAGUCCCUCUGAACUCUCAGCUGAUUCUAAUGCCCAAUGGCUCAGUGGCUACUGUACAACAGGAAGUGACACAGCCCCAAAACCAAGGCAUGCAUGACUCAGACCAGGUUCAGAACUUGGCUGUCCGAAGUCAGCAAACCGCUCAGCCCACCUCCACUGUUGCGGGAUCUACCAUUGCUCAUGCUGCUCCGCAUACAACCAAACCAGCUACUCAUCUAGCACCCUCUUCCUCAGCACCCCAACAACUGCCUUCCUCCCCUGUACCACAGACUAUGAAGAGUCCUUUGUGUCAAACAGGGGGCACUGUGAGCCAAGGAAGUCAGACAGAGGCAGAGGGUAGAAAAACAGAAGGGGAAGGGGUACAGCAGAACGUUGGUAUCAACUUGACCAGAGCCGCAACUCCAGCACCCAAUCAGACACUGAUCAGCUCUUCUAUGUACACUCACAUUCAGCCUCACUCGGUCCUACAGCAAAAACAGGUGGUAUUCCAGCAACAAAUUGCCAUCCACCAGCACCGCCAGUCCCAGCUUGUCCAUGCCUCUGCUCACCUUCAGCUGGCACAGCAACAGCCCCAGGCGGCCUCACAGCAAAAUCUACAGACGCCUCCUGCACAACAGACCCUUGUCGUACAGCCAAUGUUACAGACACCUGAUGCAACUCUGCCGACCAAAGCCCCUGUGCCCAUUCAGCCCAAGCAACCAGGCAAAGGAGUUCCCCCUCUAAAUCUUCAAGGGCACCUAGCAGCCAAACCAACUCAGGGUGCCAGACCACUCCCCACGCCCCCUCCUAAUCAGCCUCACAUUCCAGUACAACUGGUUGGUGCCAGACAGCAGGGUCCCCCUCAAGCACUAGCCUUAGGAGCCCCUCAAGUUCCAUCACAGGGGUCGACGUUAACUCAGAUGACAUUACCUCCUUCUCCAGCUCCUGUCCCAACUUCUGUGUCUGGUACCGUACAGGAAGCCCAAGCUGCCUUCUAUGGAGUUCUGCAGGGCAAGAUGUCUGCAGCUGGAAAGAGAAAAGCAGAGUCAGAGGAGGACAGGGAAGAGUCUCCAACCCUCCCAGUGAAAGCGUCUCCCCCAGCAGAUACGCCACCUACAGUUGAAGAAAGCAGCACCCCAGCUGAUAAGCCCGAAGCUGCCUCUCAAGUCACCCCUGCUCUGUCUGUGUCUGCACCCCCUUGUGCGCCCACCCUUUCGAUCACGUCGCGUCAGCACAGUGACUCCAAGCCCCCACAAGCCAUUGUGAAGCCACAGAUCCUGACUCAUAUCAUAGAGGGCUUUGUCAUCCAAGAGGGAGCGGAACCCUUUCCUGUGGGUAGUCCUCAAAUACCAAAGGACCCUGAGAAGGUGCCUGCGACUGGUCCAGCUUUGCUUUCAGCGGAGAGUCCUCCCCCUCAGCCCACACUAGACCAAGCUAUUAGUGAUUCUUGUAGCUCUAAACUAUUAAAGUGUGAAUACUGUGGCAAGCUUGCUCCGUCAGAUCAGUUCCGGGGCUCAAAGAGGUUCUGUUCAAUGGCCUGUGCCAAGAGCUCCUUUCCUUCCAGAUACAAUGUAAGUUGCAGUCACCAGUUGCGUCUUAAAAGGAAGGCAUUGAAGGAUCUUCAGGAAAUGGGAGGAGUGAGAGUGCGCAGACGCGGCCCACGAAGAAACAGUUCUGAGAUUGCACGUGCCAAGAUCCAGGGGAAGCGAAUGCGGGUAACAGAGGAGGAUUCGAGCCGCGGUUCUGACAAUUCCAGCUACGAUGAAGCUUUCUCUCCCACCUCUCCAGCCCCUCCCUCCUGUAGGACACCCCAUGCAGAGAGAGAUGGGAGUACCCCAACAAGUGGACCCUCCAGCUCAGAACUCCUGGGGAUCAAUCCAGUGUUUCUGUCCAGCAAUCCCAGUCGUUGGAGUGUGGAGGAGGUGUAUGAGUUCAUUUCCUCCUUACAAGGAUGCCAGGAUCUAGCUGAAGACUUUCGGUCCCAAGAGAUCGAUGGGCAGGCUUUGUUACUGCUUAAGGAAGAACACCUUAUGAGUGCCCUGAAUAUUAAACUGGGACCUGCUUUAAAAAUCUGCGCCAAAAUCAACCUGUUAAAGGAAACUUAACUGACCGUGUUUUCCCUACAAAGCACAAGGGGGGGUUGAAGGAGACAAUGGACAACUCCCUGGACCGUUCUCCCCCUGAUAUUUCUCCGAAAAACUGUGUAGGGAAGCCAUACAGCAAAACUGACAAGAGAGAGGAACAGCAGCCUUCUCCACUACCAGCCGCCAUCUAAUAAACUCCCCUACGCUCCAAGCUCUUCUUUUACCAUUUAAUCAUUGUUACUAUAAAUAUAUAUCUAUUAUCUUCUGUAUGUUUGUAUCUGGUCAUUCAGGAACCAUGCCUGCCAUUGGGAAAACUACAGACAUGUGAAGACUAUAACUACGGGCUGAACCUUGUGCAGUUUGAUGCUUUGUACGUAUUAGACAAUACUUGCCUAAGCAAGUAGGAGGAACACAAGUAGAUGCAGGGGGUGCAACCAAGAACAAUUUUGUGUACAUGUAGCAAAUCUGUAGACUAUAUACAGAUGAAAGCAUACUGUAAAUAUACUGGUCUGUGCAGGUACAGGGGCCUCUUUUACUUGCGUAUCAUAUGCACACAUUUCUACAUACGACUGAAUGUAUAUAUAGUGAGAUCCCCUGGUCACGCUUGCUGUAGAGACUGGUACUUCAGACAUGUCCACGCUGUAUUUCCUUGUGCCUCUUCUUAGUGUACGCUGGUCUGUUGCACAUAUAUGCAAUGGUUCGGUAUGUUGGACAUGCUCGUCUUGCGUAUACAUCACUGCAGCAUGCAAUACUGCCUGUUCAAGCUCCUAGUGGCAGGGCUAUUGCUGCACCCUGUUCAGUUACAAUGUUUUCCCCUUGAGCCCCUGUGUGCACCAGCAUUUGGGAUCUGAGCCUUAAUGAUUCUCAUCUCACAAUGGAAACAUCCCUGCUUGUGCUGUACUGCAGACACACCCGCUGACACAGCACCCUCCUCUUGUGCCCUUUAACGUGUAAAUGUGCCUGCUGAGUGGAGGCAGCCAUUUUUCUUGCUAACGGUGUUUUCGGUAGAUUCCAGCAGGUUGGAUCACAGACACUCCAGCAGUGAGAUCUCUCCUCCGGUACCCUCAGUGCUUUGCUGUUUUUUGGAGCUUUCAUUUAUUUUGCAGCAGGGGUGAGGCCCAUGGGGGGGUCUGAUUUAAUAACGGCUAGGAAGAGAUCUAGUCACUGAAAAAAUAGCGACUGUCGCCCACCCAUGAUUAAAAUAUCAGUUUUGGAUGGACAUAAGCAAAAUCAGCGAGUUGGUCAGAAUAUCUACAAAGGGGCCCAGAAUUGUUUUUGUGGCCCUCGGAUUAAUGAAUAUGAUGCAUAUUCUCCACAAACCGUGGCCUACGAACGUCCAAAUAUGACAUGUUGGCAUACGGGGUCCUGUCCCACACAGGGUCACAUGAGCAUUGCCUAGACGUGCCCCAGCCUUUUUGAGACCUGAACCAGUAAUGAUGAGACGGCAUACUGCCAGUUUACUAUAUCCUUCUAAAUUGGAAGACUAAAAACUUAUUCAGCCCCAAAAUAUUGGUACUAAUGGCAGGCCAGCCAUGUGCCCUCUGUAUGGGUGCCCCCUACACUUCACUCCAGCACACUAAUAAGCACAGCACAGUGUGUUGCUGGACAUCAGCCCAAUACAAAAACCACAGUCUGGUCUGUAUAUUAUGUUUUUAUAGCUUCUUUUAUUCUUGUUUGAAUACUCCAUUGUUUUGUGACCAUUCUUGCAGUACUGGCUUCCUUUUCCCGCUUUUUGUAUUUUCUUCCUCUUGUUUUCUUACAUAUAUAAAUAUAUAUAUAUAUAUUUUUUUCCCUGUAGGUUUUUAUGUAAGAGCUCAUUCUGCAGCCUAUCACUGAUUUUAGGAUGCUGUAACUGUUGGCCAGCUGAUAUAGCAGCGGUGAGAGGGAAGUGGAAUGUGUCCCUUUUUUGUUUUGUUACAUUUUGUCAGCACUUGAAGACAAUGGAAUAAAAAAAUCAUUGCUUUGGA